CUUCAACGUCAAUUGACUGAGAAGCACUUGCCCGGAAAUAUACGCAAAAUAUAAAGCUCCCUCCGUAAUAGUUCAUCUACACGAGACUCAUAGAGACAAAAGAUGACUGGUGCCAAGUGCCUCUCCAAAGGGAGUGCUGCGCCCGGGCCUGUGCCAGCUGGCUCUAUCAGACUGUACAGCAUGAGGUUCUGUCCCUUUGCCCAGAGAACCCGACUGGUGCUGAACGCCAAAGGGAUCAAACAUGACAUCAUCAACAUCGACCUAACAGAUAAACCAGAAUGGUUCGUGGCGAAAAACCCCUUCGGUCAAGUGCCCAUCCUGGAAACAUCAGCGGGUGAGGUGAUAUACGAGUCUCCCAUAACCUGCGAGUACCUGGACGAGGUGUAUCCCCAGAAGAAGCUGCUUCCUGACACUCCGAUUGGGAAAGCUCAGCAUAAGAUGUUGUGGGAGAGGUUUUCGAAGAUAUCAUCAUUAACUUUCAAGAUCGUAAUGGGGCGACAGAAAGGCGAGGAUGUUUCAGGACUGCACGCUGCACUUAAAAUCGAGUUCAAGAAUCUCCACGAGGACUUUGUUGUGAAGAGGACCAAAUUCUUUGGCGGCGACUCUGUCGGCAUGAGCGAUUUCAUAAUGUGGCCGUGGUUUGAGAGGUUGGAAGCUUUCGGCUUGAAUGACUGCUUGGACGACACGCCUGAGCUGAAAGAGUGGAUGAAGCGCAUGCUAGAAGACCCGAUCGUCAAAGUUAGCGGGCACAGUGUGGAUACCUACAGAGCCUUCUUUAAAACACUCAUGGAUGACAAACCAAACUACGACUAUGGGCUGUAGAUAACUACAAAUGCUGAUAAAAGCUGUUCUUCUAAUUGUUGGUUAUUCCAGUGAUUGAAGUCUGAGCAAUGGUUUUCACAUAUCAAAGCGGAAAUAAAUGGAAAA